AUGUUGGGGGUGGCGAAUGAGGCUUAUUGUCGUUUUUUGCUUCCUUUGCUUCAGAAUUCGUUCCCUUUCCCGUAUACCGACAAUAUCAGAUCGUUUCGAUUAUGGAGGUAUAAGCAUCAUGGUUUGCAAGGCGCCGUAGUGGCUGAAUGUAGCGAGAAUGGCCUUCCAAUGAAGGUAAAACACAUCUAUUACUGGCCUGGCGAUCAUAUUUCGUUCACGUGCAAAGUUUGUCAACGAGGUCUCGAUUCAAAUGGAAAGAUCAAGACGUGGGGUUGGGCCGCAAAAGUAUACGAUUUUUUCGAUCAUUACGAGAAGAAUAAGAAGUUGCAACACGCGGAUGUUGGCGUGCAAUUUUUCCCAUCCAACUUCAAGAUCAAUACAGGAGUGACGGAAUUCGAGGGAUCAGGGGAUUCUGGUCCGUCUUACAUGCCCGGAAAUCGAAUUCAGGCCACAGAGAACGGAUCUUUCCCCCAUAUCCGACGACAAUGGUUUGAACGUAUUGGCAAGACGUUUCACAUUCAUAAUGCUGAAGCAAGAGCGGCUGGUGUGUAUUUUUGCUACGAUGACACCGGGAUCAAUUUGCUGAGUCCGGAUAUGGGCAAAGUGGUUUGUGAAUUGCCGGACAAAAAGGGUUUAUUCCCGCUUCCAUAUCAAUGUGGCAAUGACUGCGGGAAACCGAUUUAUAUGUACCCGGAUACUCAAUGGAAAUUCAACUGGCGUCCCAUCAUCUAUAAACCCGAAAAUGAGCCUCUCUGUGAUAAGGGUGAUCUUAAAUGCGAACAAUAUCUGAAACUUCACCCCAACACCGAUGACCUAGCGAUACGAAAAGUGCCGGAGACUGCGAUACAUCUGCAUGUUUUUAAACGAUCGAUCAAUGAUAGACCAUUCUACACGGAUGUGGCGUUGGCUUUUCGAUGGGAGCCGUGGAGUAGAUGCGAUUCGGGAAGAACACAUCAACGUCGGGAGGGACACUGUGUUUUGCAGCUCGUCGAUGGUAAAAAGAAAACGAACUCGGAAAAUACUCAUACGAAAGCAACGAGGUGGAUGUCUCGAUUGGAUAGCAUUUUCAGGCUUUCUGGAGGAAAGAAUACGACAUUUGUGAGAUUGCACAGUUCAACUUUGAUGACGAUGAUCAUGAAUCAACCAGUGAACACCGAUUGUGGGACAAGAGAAAGAUCGAAGAGUGUUCGAAAGAUUGACGAGUUUUAUGAACAGGUAAUCUUUCCGUCGUUGGGCAUCCCGGGAGAACAAUUCAACCGAAAGAAAUUCACAUUGAACAACGAGUGGAGGGCUUGUUUUAAAUACAAACACUCGGGAGAAAAUGCGGGAAGUAAUGGAUCGUAUUCGGAUAUUGUUGGCACCUAUGUGAUCGAAACAAAGCAGUGUCCU